GUAUGUACUGUACGUACCGUACGUAGGCCUAAUGUCUUUAUAUCGUGAGAGCUAGCUCGCUGUCAUGGCGAAUUUAACGUAUAUUUCCUACUUUAUUGUAGGAUUAUUUCUGGUAUAUAUGUCAUUUCGAGAAAUAUCACAAUCAGAAGCAUCGGUCGAACCCAAAGUGAAGUCCAAGUUAUCUCAAUUUGCAGCGCCAACCCUCACGGUAAUGUAUUGCAUUUCCUGAGGUUACCGGCAGGUGUUUGAGGAGUACGCUUCCCGUCUUCAUCAGCGUUACCCUGACCUCCGCAUCGAAGGAAACAACUUCCCUGCCCACCCAAUCCGUCGUUAUCUCGCAUCAUUCCUGGCCAUGGCUAAGCUGGUCUUGAUCGGUAUGGUUGCCUGUGGUUACGACCCAUUCCCAAUGUUCAAUAUGGAAACCCACCCUGUAUGGUCUUGGGCUAUUCAAAACAAAAUCUAUGCAUGUAUGAUGUUGUUCUUUAUAAGUAAUGCCAUUGAAGGACAAUUGCUAUCCACUGGAGCCUUUGAAGUUACAUUUAAUGGUAUGCCAAUAUGGUCAAAGAUUGAAUCAGGAAAAGUUCCCAAGUAUCCUGAGCUGGUCCAAAUUCUUGAAAACACCAUGAAAUUAAGUUACAGACAGAUCUAAUUUUAUGUACUAAGGACAGAACAAACUGAGUGUCAUCCUUUGUACGUGGUAUGAACCUGAUGUCUUUCAUUGCCUGCAGUUUUAUGCCUCUAGGAAGCUUCUCACUUCCCAUCAAUUCCUUUCAAGAGACAGAUGUUUGCACUUGUGAUCCAUAAUAAAACACAGACUUAAUUUGAACUCUUUGCUAUAUGGAAUUGGGAAUCUUCUACAAGGGGCCAACCUCCAAUGCAGUGUAUGACUAUAUGAAGGCCGGGGUGAAAAGCUUCACGGAGCAAGCCACGGCUGGAAGUGCAUCUGUUUUUGACGGGAAACGGAUGCGUCCACCAAUGGAGGAUAAACCUGCUAUACACAACAGAAGACAUCAGAUCAAAAUAUAUUUCAUUAUCGUAUUAUAUUCUAUGAUACAUGUUAUUUUUACCUCCAAUGUAUUUCUUGAAAUAUUUUUCUUUGUGAAAUUGUAUAUCUAUUGGAUGUGUGAACUUCUGAUAGUAUUGAGUCUCCAUGUAGUUCUAUUACUUGAGUUCAUUCUCUUUUGUUCUACAUGUACCUAAUUUUUGACUACAUUUCUGUCUCUAAUCUUCUAUCUUCUCUAUUUUGGUGGGAGUUAAUUGUCAUAAAGGAGUGAUACUUUUCAAUUUAAUUUAUUUUCAUGAAAAUUAUCUGUGUAGACAAAACAUUGAUUAUAAAGCAUUUUUGACCUGAUGGUUUAAUACAUACUGGCAGUGCCAUUGGGAAGGGGGUGGUAAUCGAUGGUAUAAGUUAUAGCGAUUCUGGUCUAAAUGUACAUGUUCUCAAUUAUAUUCUCGAAAUAAUAUUUUCUAUUAAAUGUUGUUAAAAAAAUAUAUGAAAUCACUGAUUUUUAUGUGUGCAUGUGCAAACAAAUCUAGAUUGUUUUUCCACCAUCAUAACGAUUCUUGUAGGUAUUGGUUUAAUUGCGAUUUAUUCUGCAAAAAUAAUUUUAUUGAUAGAAUUCAGGUAUUGUGUGGGAAAUUUGAAAGUUAGUGAAUUAUGUUUUUUGAUGAUGUUGAAAUUAAAUCAUUUUAUUGAUAUAAUUAAUGAAUUGUUUUGGAUACUUGAAGGCAGUAAUUCAUGUUUUUUGUGAUAGUACAUCUAGAUGAGAUGGAUUAAGAGGUGGUAGGUUUUUCAUGAAGCUGUUUGUAAGUUACAAGUGACUUUACAAAUGACUGGUGGACCUUUCUUGUAGUUGGUAAUACAAGCUGGAUUUUCCAUUGGCCUUGAUCUAGUUCAUAAGAAAGGAUCAACAGUCAUACACAAGAGUAGUAACAUUGUUCUCUUAUGAUCAGUAAAUGAAAUGUGCAAUAAAAGCCAUGAAUUUUAAUCCCCUCCUUUUUUUAGAACAGUGAUGAAGUAAUCAAUAAGAUAUUUCAGGGGGGGGGGGUGAAAAUCUUGAAAAACCUUUUUGGCAAAACUGAAGUCCACUCUAGGCAAGGAUUAAAAAUGAUUCAAUCACUGUACAGCACAAAUAUGUAUACUUUAUGAUGAUUGUGUGAUUUUAUUGUUUUUUCAUUAAAUUGAUAGUGAAGCAAAAAGUAAAAAUUUGUAGCUAUUUGGAUGGAAUACAAGUGGAUCAUGUGUGCAUUUACAGGUUGAUCAAUAGUGUGUGGAGGAUCUGCAUGCGAAUGAAAUGCAGUUUCAAACAUUAUAUAUUUUGUAAUUAUUGAUUUAUUAUAUUAACAUAAAUAAAUUGACCUGGUUUCAUUGAGGUAUUAUUAUGAAAUAAAUGUCUAGUAUUAUUAAUAGUAUGUGUGGAUCCAUUAUCUAAAAAUAUCUGCUUAUUCUUUAACACAUGACAGUAGCUAUUUUGUAAGUACUAACGGUGAGUAUGAAUAAUGAUCGGCAUCAAUGGUUCAAAGGAGAGUCAGAUUCAAAGAAGAUGUAAAGCAAAAUGUGCUUUUCACAAUAUAAGUGACAUCAAUUCAGUUACACGAGAGGCUUGUUUUCCCUUGCUAGAAACUUGCAAUUAAUUGCAAGUCAAGUUUUGGUCCACAAUUUAAUCAUAAGUCUUGUAAUUGAUUGCAAUUUCUUAAUUGAUCGCUAGUCUGCUUCUUAUAUCAACAAAUAAAAAUAAAGUUUAGUUGAUAUUGGUCCUAUCAAUUGUAACUGGAAUUUGCCAUUGAUGUAUUUUCUUGAAACACACCAUUGAUUGCAUGGGCAGGGAGUGAGAAUCAAAAAGAUUUCAAAAUAUUGUAAUGAUUGAUAAAUUAUCCCAAACAUUCACAGGGGUAAAUGAAGAUAAAGCAACUGGUAUAUAAACUACAAAUGAGAUUCCUGGAAAACUAGUGUUUUAAAUGUAAAUGAGGCUUGUAAUUAUCACUUUGAGAGAGAAACACUGAUUAACAUGUUGAGUAAACUGGUCAACCACUCUCUCUGAUUUAUACCUAGUAAAUGUAUUAGUGAUAUCACAAUUAGAGCGCAACUUAAGCGAAUGUACAGUGUAUUAUGAAACGCACAAGUGGCCGUCCUCAAGAAUUAAUUGAUCACGCAAUAAAUUUGUAUAAAGGAUCCUCUUUUUUUUACUGAAUUUUCACUAAUACCUAAAUGUCUAUUCUGCAGUUGCUUAUGUUUGACAUCAUAAAUUCAUUCAUUUUUAUGGAUAGGGUAGGGAUAAUGGUCUAUUUAUCAAAUAAUAUUGACUGUUUUUCAAUUCUUCACAAAUUGAUUUGGAACGUGUAUCACAUAUGUAUGUUGUUAUUUUAUUAAAUGCAAUGAUUCAGAUGA